UUUUAUACGUAGUGAAACGGUAUAAAGCAAGAUGGUCGGCUCCACGAAGUAAUUCUCAAUCUACGUUUUGGGUGGUCUAAAUCAAGUCAGAUUUUUUCCAUUUCGAGUUUAUUAUUCUGAAAUACCUUAAAGAGCACUAGACUUCUUAUUUCUUUGGGCUGUUCGAUAAUCAGUCGAUGUUAUUCAGACAGUCACCGGGCUAGUCAGUGUUGUGUUUGACCUGACAUUAUCUUUCGAUUGUUGUUAGGUAGUUUUAAAAACCCGAUAUCGACUGGUUGACUGUUUCCUGUUUCCAGAUAAAUACCGGGUGCUGAUUGUGCUUAGUCUUUGUAGGGUUAAAGCAAAAACAUAAGCUGAUUACUUUUUUUCCACUGAGUGAUUAAUAUCCCCACAACUUGAAACCGCAUCGGGAGCCUGGCGCCAAACGACUUUCCGAAAACGAUAGAGAUCUUGGUUCUGGUAAAAAAGACUUGGACAUAUCGGGGAUAAACGCAGGACAUGGACGCGGAAGGCAGCCCCGACAGUAGCACGAACCGGGGGGAGAGUAGCGAUGAAUCUAGCGGCUCCGACAGCCCAACUCUGCCCGCCAGUCCCGGACAGGGCAUCCCAAAGGUACCGGGGGCCAACCUGUACGCCAACGACGGCAGCUUUCUGGAACUCUUCAAGAAGAAAAUGGAAGAGCAGGAGAAGAUGAAAAGAGAGACGGAGGAAGGACAGUCCAAUAAAAGUUCUGCCAAUGAAGGGCAGUCGACGGCAGAGAAGAAGACAUUUAACGUGACCAACUUUGUGGGCAAGCGGAGAGGCGGUGCCAAGUUGGCCCUCAAGACAGGAGUGGUUGCAAAGAAACAGAAAUUAGACACUGAGGUUGACACAGGUAAAGGUGACGCAUGGACUAAGUACAUGGCAGAGGUUAAGAAAUACAAAGCCCACCAGUGUGGCGACGAUGACAAAACCAGGCCUCUGGUGAAAUAGACUUUGGGUCAGACAGACCCCCUCCGCGCCCUCCUGCCCCUGUAAGGAAAGUGUCUCUCCUCCCUGCGGCCAGCCGUCUGGAUACAUUGGUGCCACAGCACUAUGCUGAGCAGGUGUGCUGUCACCUUCAAAAUCCUUGCCUUUCUGUGUUCCAGCAGCAGCAGAAACAUGUUCUAGGUGUGUCUAUUUUUGUGCUUGCAAUUCCUGUGUUAAUGAUGGCAAGUGUGAAUGCAUUCAGAAAUGCUCUUCUGAUAACUCCCGCCACCACCUUGAUAGACUUGUGAUAUUGGCUUCAUGCUGUUAUGUUCUAGAUUAAUUGUUUUUGGUUGCCUUUAUGUAUAAGUUCCUGUGGUCUCCAUCUAAUAAAAUGUUGAUAUGGGGAUUGGGUACAUUCAGUGUCACUCUAAGGGUUGUACUUGUGAAGUUUUUCUUCAGGUUUAUAAUCGGUGGAAUGUAGCAUGACUGCUGUACAGUACCACUGCCCAUCAUGCAGCAUGAUGAUGAAUUAUUAAACGCCGGACCUGCGAGUCACUACUCCAGAGUCGUUUUAAAUCUUUCUCGGGAUCAUGUCCAAGGCUGUGAACUCUCCAGGAUUCCCUUUUUCUGUGGAAGAUACUUACUGAUCUGAAGUGGUGUCAUUUUGGACAGUUUGGCUGCAGUGCCUUGUUUGAUAAAUCCCUCUGUACAUCAAGUGGAGCACCUUUUACAGAGGUCAUUUUGCUAACCCCAAAAAGGUUAUAAUGCAGCCUUUGUUAGCACUGAUCAGAUUACAUAAAAUCUGCUAUCCAUAUUCUUUUGCCAUAAAGAAAAUCUGGAGGCCUGAUUUGUUUACAAGUUUUAUGAUUGGGAAAAAUCACACUGUCCAGAAAAGUGUGGUACACACAAAACUUAAGAUAUGUAAGGAAAUUAUCCUGAUUCACAUACUGUUCAGUACAUGGUUUUUCUGAAAUGUUUUGCUAUGCUGUGGAUAUUAAAAAAGCUUCACAUUUUUGUCUCUGA